AUGAAGUUGGAACUGGGUAUAUCUGUGAUCCUCUCAAUUCUCAAUCUCAGUGAUGAGCUCCAAGAACCUUGUUUCUUAAAGUGCAAAGACAAUUAUAUGAAUGGAAUGCAGUUUGAUAUGGGAGAUUAUCACGAGUGGUCAGUGGAUAUGGUCACACCUAUGAACAGUCUUUUGAAAUUUGCACAUGGAAAAAUGGCACUAAGAUUGACGCGAGCUUGCAAGAGAAAUGACGAGUAUCAUAGUUGCUUACAAAAGUGUCCCAAUGUUCCAGCAAAGGAUAUCUUGAUCAAGGGGCAAAAUGUGUGGAUGAUUUUGUGUCAUGAUUUUAGAAACGAUACUGAUUUCCGUGUAAACAUUGUGCCAUGUUGGUCAGAUUACGGCCAUCAAAUAUCUACAAGAUGCGAAAACCUCGCCACAUUUUUGCAAUCCGAGGUUCUCCAGCUCCUUCAAGGUGGUCCCACUGGAAUUCAAGAGUCACUGGAUAGUUUAUGCAAAAGCGUUUACGACUACGACAAAUGCUUUGUCAAUGAGAACUACGACUUUUGUGGGUCUUCAGCGGCUCGGUUCCUUGUAAAACUCAACCAUCAAACAUCACAUACAAUUUUGGAACUAUUGGACCAGACGAAUACAAUCGGCAAGUUGCCAAAAAGUUGCAAAGAUUGGCUAAACCAAAAAGGAAUGACUGGGUGGCAGAAAACAAAAACCGUGCAACGAAAAUUACGAAAUUGUGCGCAACUUCCAUUUUUUGCUUUUUCACUGAUAGCCGCGUUUUUUGUGAGGACUUGA